GGCGCCGCGCGCGGGGCGGGGGGGCCGCGGCCACCGGCGACGCAGAAGCCGUUGAAGCCGCUCAGCAUGCGCGCCGUCGGGGCCUGCACCGCCUCCCUCGGCUCGCUGGGGCUGAUGCGGUUUUUCGGCGUGCCCUGGUCGUGGAGCCUGGCGGCCUCGCUGGGCGUCUACAUCGGCACCGGCGGCUGGCGGCUGCUGCGCGUCGUCUUCAAGACCGCCCUGCGGGACCUGUUUGGCCUCUCAGUGCUGUUACGAGUCAAAUAUAAGUUGCGAAGGCAUCAAAAAGCCAAAAACACUAUUCCGAAGAUGUUCCAGGAUGUUGUCCGCAGGCACCCUGACAAGGUGGCUCUGAUUUAUGAGGCCACUGGUGAGAAAUGGACUUUUAGGUGGCUAGAUGAGUACUCCAAUGCUGUGGCUAACUACUUCUACCAGCAGGGCUUCCGUCUGGGGGAUGUCAUUGCAAUCUUCAUGGAGAGCCGUCCUGAGUUUGUUGGCCUCUGGCUAGGGAUGGCAAAAGUUGGCAUUGAAGCAGCUCUUAUUAACUUUAAUUUGCGCUUGGAUUCUCUGGUUUACUGUGUGACAACCUCAGGUGCAAAAGCUGUGAUCUUUGGAGGAGAGCUGUCUUCAGCAAUAUCUGAAGUGAAUGGGAUGCUGGGGAAGAACAUGGCAAAAUACUGCUCUGGUGACUAUGACCCAGAUGUGAUUCCUGUGGAGACCAGACAUCUUGAUCCUCUUCUGAGUACUGCAUCAAAGUCGCCUUCAAGUCAGGUUCCAGUCAAAGGUUUAGAUGAUCGACUCUUUUAUAUCUAUACUUCAGGUACAACAGGAAUGCCGAAAGCUGCCAUUGUGGUGCACAGCAGGUAUUAUCGGAUAGCAGCCUUUGGUUACUAUGCAUACAAAAUGCGCCCUGAUGAUAUCCUCUACAACUGCCUGCCGCUGUAUCAUUCUGCAGGUAAUAUUAUGGGAGUUGGCCAGUGUCUAAUCCAUGGCCUCACUGUGGUAAUCAGGAAGAAGUUCUCAGCCAGUCGCUUCUGGGAUGACUGCACAAAAUACAAAUGCACGAUUAUUCAGUACAUCGGGGAAAUCUGCAGGUAUCUUCUGAAUCAGCCAGUACGAGAGUCGGAGACCCAACACUGUGUGCGACUAGCAGUGGGUAAUGGUUUGAGACCCACCAUAUGGGAAGACUUUACAAAGCGCUUUCGAAUUAAACAGAUUGGAGAGUUCUAUGGAGCCACCGAAUGUAACUGUAGCAUUGCAAAUUUGGAUGGAAAGGUUGGUGCCUGUGGUUUCAACAGUCGGAUAUUGCCCAAUGUUUAUCCCAUUCGUUUGGUGAAGGUCAACGAGGACUCAAUGGAGCUGAUCCGUGAUUCUAGGGGGCUGUGUAUCCCCUGUCGCCCAGGAGAGCCGGGAUUACUUGUAGGUCAGAUAAAUCAGCAGGAUCCCCUGCGUCGAUUUGAUGGCUACGUCAGUGAGAGCGCCACCAACAAGAAGAUAGCUUACAACGUGUUUGAAAAAGGGGACCAGGCGUACCUUUCAGGGGACGUGUUAGUGAUGGAUGAACUGGGUUACAUGUACUUCAAAGAUCGCAGUGGGGACACCUUCCGAUGGCGAGGAGAGAAUGUCUCCACCACAGAAGUAGAAGGAAUUUUGAGUCACAUCCUCAACCAGACAGACGUUGCAGUGUAUGGAGUGGAAGUACCAGGGGUGGAAGGAAAAGCUGGAAUGGCUGCGAUCGCAGAUCCUAAAGCUAAAGUGAAUCCCAACGUUUUGUAUCAGGAGCUACAGAAGGUGCUGCCUCCCUAUGCCCGGCCCAUCUUCCUCCGUUUCUUACCCCAGGUUGACACCACAGGUACAUUUAAGAUUCAGAAAACCCGCUUACAGAGGGAAGGAUUUGACCCCCAUCAAACAUCAGAUCGGUUAUUUUUUCUGGAUCUAAAAUUGGGGAAAUAUGUUCCACUGGAUGAGUGCAUUUAUGAAAGGAUUUGUGCUGGAAAAGUUACUUUAUGAUCUAGUCUGAAGUCAGUCUUUCUACAGAAAAUUAUGACUAAUUGAAGGGGUGAUGCUUGUGGGAAGCAGUGGAUUCCUGCUUAAUAUGCAAUGUGAGUUCCUUAAACGGUGAAUCACUAGCAGCGAAAAAUCCUGUGAGAUGUUUCCCUUGCCUAAAGCACAUUAACCUGAGACCUCCUUCAGUGAGCACUGACAUGCCAUUAAUCUGCUGUUAAAUAUCUAGAGAGAGUAUUUUUUGUAACCACUACAAACCUAGGUCCUUUGUGCAACCUGGGAGAAGUUUUAUGGUUAUAUUUAUUUAUGUCCUAAGGAUAAAUGGGGAUGUUCAUGCCCUG